AUGUCAGCUCUUGUUGCAUACGGAUCAGAUUCUGAUAGUGACAAUGAAGAAGUUUCACAAACCAAAACUUUGAACGUUCCUGUGGGCUUCUUCGACGAUGUUCAACCAGAUCAAUCAAGUGGUAUACAUGAUGAUGAAGAAGUUGAACUCGAAGAUAUUGUCAAACCCAAAGAUUGGGAGCGGAAGCUAGCCAAAAAAAAUAAGAAAGAGUUGGAGAAGCUUUCUGGUAAAGAAAAGAAGAAGGAUAAAGAGCACAAAAAGAGUAAAAAAGAAAAACAUGAUAAGGAUAAAAAGAAAAAAGAGGGAAAGGAGAAAAAGGCGAAAAAGGAGAAAAAUGAACUUGUCAACGUGAUUCAGAAAAAAAAAGAAAAAGCUAAAAUAUCUGCAUUCGGAGCUUUGAAAGCUUUCGCUGACGAGGACAGUGAUAAAGAAGACAAGUCAAUUUCUGUCGAACCCAAAUUGAGUAUACCAACUAAGAAUCCGUCCGGCUUACUGUCUAUGCUUCCAAAACCGAAAGUAAACCAAAAAGCGACUCUUAGUAACUUGAACGCUCCUGUUUCUGCUUCUCUCAUACCAUCAUCAGUACGGCAGAAAAAUGAUGUGAAAAUGGUUGAGCCAACCCUCAAAAGAAAAGUUGAAGAAGACGAUUCAGAUGACGAUGAAGCAAUAGAUUUCUUCGGAUUAUCUUCGCAGCCAGAGCCUAAGAUAUUUAAAACGGACGUUGACGUACCCCUAGUUGGAUCAAGCGGGCUAGAUAGUAAUAUUGGUCCUGCUCGGCCUACUGUUAAUGACCAAGUGCCUGAUGAUGAAGAGUAUCCUGAGUAUGAUGAUGUCGGACCAUCCAAAGUUAUUUCGAAUGAGCAAGCUGUUAAACUACUCUCCCGGGAUGAGACAAUCCAGUUCAUGGAGAGAAGGAGUCUCACAGAUAUUGCGUCUAAUCUUCUGGAAGUUCGCGUGGACGAUGCUUUGGGACCAAAUGUGAAACAGAAUCUUCUCAAAAGUAUCACGAAGAAAGCCAUUGUUAAGGAUACAAUGGCACCUCUUCCUAAGGCCAAAGGACCGGUUGAUCCUAACGCUAGGAAAAAAAAUCAAAUUACUUAUUUGGCGAAUUUGGCUGUGGACAGAGAAGAGGCGUUACAAGAACAAUGGUCAGAAAGCAAACAAAUGAAGAGAAUGACAAGACAGAAAUAUGGUUUCUAA